GCACGGAGGUUCGGGUUGGUUGCAGUAGCGUUUGGUGAUGAAGCAGGAGGCGGUGAUGGAGGGAUCAGGACCCCCUCAAAAGAGGCUGAGGAUGGGGGGCCAUGGAAGUGGGGACCCUACAGACGGUGAAUGUCAUAAAUUCAACACUCCAGAGGGUUGUCCAUAUGGCGAUCGCUGCAGAUUUCGGCACCCGACUUCACAAGGAGAAGAUGCCCGACAAGAUGGUGCUGGGCCUCAGCCACCGGCGCCAGGAAGCAGAUCAAAGGCGUGCACAAAGUUUUUCAGUACCUCUGGCUGUCCGUAUGGUGACAAUUGUCAUUUCUUGCAUUAUGUCCCUGGAGGGCCCAACGCAGUAGCUCAGGCUCUCGCAGCAGCUCAGAAUGGCAAAGGGUCUGGCCUUGUGGAUGCCGGAUCGAAUCUUGGGGGGUAUAAGUCGCGGUUGUGCAACAGAUAUCGCGAGCCUGGGGGUUGCCGCUUUGGUGAGAAGUGCCACUUUGCCCAUGGAGAAUAUGAGUUGCAGCCAGGUGAUCUUACACUAGGAGGUGACAUACAUGGCGGGGUUUGGCAGACUGGUCGUGGCGGGUCUGGGUCAGCAUUAGGUGGGCAGUUUGGAGGCAUGUUGGGUGGGGGAAGGGAGAACGGAAGAGGACUGUUUCCUCUGGGCGCCGGGCCAGAGAUGAGUUCGUCUAUGUCGGCUGCGGUUUCGUUUGGUCAGUCUACAACAACGAAGAUCAGCAUCGAUGCAAGCCUGGUUGGGGCCAUCAUUGGGAAGGCAGGUGCCAAUGUAAAGCAAAUAUGCAAGCUGACGGGGGCGAAGUUGUCAGUACGUGACCACGAAACAGAUACCAACCUUCGGAAUGUGGAAAUGGAGGGGUCGCUGGAGCAAAUCGAGAAGGCAUCGAGCAUGGUGCGACAGUUUUUGAUGCAGAGGGACCUGACACCUUCAAAGCCUUCCGGGCUUGGGCCCCAUAACUACAAGAUGAAGAUGUGUGAAAACUUCCCAGGCGGCACCUGUACAUUUGGCGAUCGGUGUCACUUUGCUCACGGCGCCCACGAGCUGAAGGAUCCACCACCAGAUGCGCGCGGGGCUGGGGGAGUUGGUGGUGCAGGAGGUGGUAUGCUGGGUGGGUCUUUGUCGAAAACAAUAGGGACAGUCAUGUAGGUGUAGUCUUGCGUGGUAGAUGAGGUUGGCAAGAGAGGUGGUUACAGGUGAAUUUAGAACGGGGUGUAGCUUGGGAGGGAGAUUUUAGGGGGGGGGUGUAUGUGAUAUGGUGAUGCUGGCUGUAGUCGGACGUUCUGAGUAUCAUAGCUAGUAGGGUAGUGGCGGAACAUGGCUGUUUCUUUCAGUGGAUGGACGAUGGUCGGCUGUUUAGUUUGGCUUCUCAUCACGCUUUGCCUAUGCGGGUUACCUUGUGCGUUUGCUUUCCGACUUGGUUCCCCUUUCUGAGGCUGCUGGAAGUUUUCGGGUUUGUGGGUGGUAAAUGGGAGGUGAUGGGGGUGCAGAUGUCCAUGCUGUGCGGCCUGAUUGCUGCUCACGAUGGAGACUGUUGUGUGGACGGGAGCUGCCUUCCUUGCGGUUAUGGCGGGCGUGCCCAUGGCACAUGCGAUUGCAGUCACUGGAAGGAAGGUGCUGGUCUCAUGCCGUAGUACUGGUGGACGGUGGGAUGCUGCUAGGGGUGUGAAAGGAGUGGUGCAUGCAUGAGUAUGUGGACUUUGUAGCGUUUGGGGAGCUGGUGGCGCCCAUUGCCAGGCUGGGUGGUAAUGGGGAAAUAGAAAAGAUCCCGAAAUGGAUAAUCCAAGUUAUUUGCAGAAAAUUGUGAUGGGAAAGGUCCACCGGGGGGUAAUGAGCGCAUCGCUCUCUCGUUCUCUUGCAGACACAUACAGUCUCGUUCUCUCUCUCUCUCUCUCUCUCUCUCUGUGACUUGAUGCGUGUCCUAAGAUGGUGAUGAUCUGCGGCGGGCUCUGCUGGGUGGGCCGGUAGGGGUUGCGGUGGCGAUACAGGUUGGUGGAGUCAGAGAGGGGAAGUGGAGAGAUCAUGGCCAGCUCAGAAUGUGGGGAAACUGCAGGGACAGUAUGCUGUUCUUUGAAGCCUGACUGGAGCAGUAGAUAAGGAGAGUUUUGAAAAUGUGUAAGAAGGUUGAGAUCCUGGGACAGAUGACAGGGAUGCAAUCAAUCUACAUGAGCGGAGGGUGUGCUUGCUGCUAUGAAGCUUCUACAGACGGGGCAGGCAAGUCAGCUUGUGGGUCCAAGGCAGCCGUAAGGCAUGCGGUGGAGGAGUGCGAUGGCAUCUAGGCGAGGAGAAGAUGAAACUGGUUUUGUAGGUUGAGAGCCUGGCGUUGGUGACAGGGAUGCAAUCUGCGCUGGUGGAGGGUGUGCUUGCUUCUGGAAGCUGCUACAAGUGGGCGGGCAAGUCAGCGCAUUGAUCCAAUGAAGUGGCAAGAUGUGU